GCAGUGUCUAGCUAAGACAAUGGUCCAGCGUCUUCCCGAGUCGGGGGAACUGAACCAGGGCCAUGGCUAGAGGUGCCUGGCGGCCAGGUGCCAAUUAACUAUCGAAUAACUAACUAACUCCAGAUAUGAUAAAUCACAAAGAAAGCUUGUAUUUUUGUAACAUUUUUGCUUUGAAAACUUGGCAAAAGUCGAAAAAAUUAAUUUCUUAUGUUGGUUGUUUGUUUUUUACUGACACCGAAUUAAUGUAUCUAUGCAACAAAAACACAAGGAAUGCAUUUACUUCACCUUUUCCAGAGUUUUCAAAGUUGAAAUUUUUUAAAAAUAUACCACAAAAAUGAUACAUUUUGAAUGUUAAAUAUUUUUCAGCUUAAGCUAGGUUAGGAUUUAAAGCUGCAUUUAUCUGCUUUUUAGAAUUGCAAAGUUCAAUACAACCAGAUGCAAUAUAUGUACUUAAGUUAUGUGAAAAAAGGACUACCUCUGGCAAAAAGAGUAAAAAAAAAUAAAUACCAAACUAAAAAACUGCACCCAGAAAAAACUCAUUAAACAGUUUUAAGACCCCAAAUCCUUAAAAAAUGUCGGUUUGGUUCACAUCGGAAAUGUGGUGUUUCAUAGUGUCAUCUGUGUAGCUGUAACAAAUAUGUACAUACAUACAUAUGUACGUAUGACUGUUCGUUGUCUGUGACAACGAAGGCUUGCCAUAACAGGAAAUGUUUAUAUGGCAGAGUGCUUGGAUGUGGGGUUAUACUCAAACAAAAAUCUAUUGUUUUUGUUAAUAUUUCCUACAAUAGUCGAAAUGGAGGAAUUGAAAAAAUUUGGAUUGUUCAUAGACGAUAUCUACAGACUGCGAGUUCAGGAUCCCAGCAUUGCCACUCAAAAAAUAGAGCUGAGACAUGAAUGCCUGGAGUAUUCAAGAAACCUUCAACAGUUCAAAAGAUUAAUUCAUGACUUCUAUAAAAUAUCAAAUACUUUUGCUAAAGACGUCGAAGUGGAAAAGCUCCGUGCAAUUGGGACACAAAACCAACUUAAAUCAAUGUCGCAGCAGCGACAAGCUGAGCAGCAAGUCUGUCAGAGCAAGAUUUUGGAACAGACAGUCAAACUAGAGCGUUUGAAAAGCGAGUACCAGUACUUGCAACGUACAGAAACGGAGCAGCAGGAAAUCAUAAAUAAUUUUUUAUUGAAUCAAUAAAAACAGCUGUAUAAAAACAUUUAAA